GUCCUGAAUGUACUCUACAGGAAGAACGAAUCUUUCUACGUAAUUACACAGGACAGCAUGACAUUGGAUGAUGUAGAGCAACUUCUUCGGGAGACAGAUCACAAUGGGUUCCCUGUGGUCGUGAGCAGACAGUCUCAAUACUUGGUUGGCUUCGUUGCCAGACGAGACUUAAAUAUUGCCAUCAAUCAAGCCAAAAAGAACACAGAAGGCAUAGUGGGAGAGUCAGUGGUGUUAUUCACAGCAUCUGUCCCAUCGCCGUGGAUGGGUCCUCCUCCUCUCCGCCUCCGCAAAAUCUUGGAUCUUGCUCCUAUUACGAUCACUGAUCAAACUCCAAUGGAGACAGUGGUGGACAUGUUUAGAAAGCUGGGGUUGAGGCAAACUCUUGUCACUCACAAUGGGCGGUUGUUGGGAAUCAUCACAAAGAAGGACGUUUUGCGUCACAUCAAGUUCCUGGAAAGUGAAGAUCCAGAAUCGGUCCUCUUCAACUGAUUACCUCACAUCACUUGGGCUCAAUCACUCACCUUGUUUUAAUUUAUUAUACAUCGUUGAGGGGUAUUGUUCAAACUGUACCGCCUCAUUGGGUGUGUACGUUGCCCCUUGGGUUAACAGAUUUCUGCCACGUCUCGCCAUGUUUUCUUAGUUGCCUAUCUGCCAGGUUCAGGGAUGAAUCCCACUUGAUGUAGGAUAUCCUUCAGUGAUGGGGCUCAGCUGAUGGGCAGGUGUAUAUGCCAAAUAGUUAAAUGAAUACAGUCCUUUUAUCAGUAUAUUUUUAUAGUAUUGUGUUCCAGAUGUACAGACCUCCUCUGAUGUGAUAAUGUGUCACACUCUGUAUCUAUUUAAUGUACAGCACUAUAAUGAGGAGGAUUAAAUUAUAUUACAUAUAUCUGUA